UUCUUCGAAAACGCAAACAAACGGCAAGAAAGUAACGAAAAUGUGGAUUUAUUUGGCACUGGUUGUCAUUUUGUUAACCGUAUACCGGAUACGGGAUCGAUAUAGUUACUGGAAGAAACGCGGUGUGCCCUUUCUCAAGGGAAGUUUUCCCCUUGGUAACCUUCAAGGAAUAUUUGGACAGCACUGGAGUCUUCUUACUAAGGAUUGCUAUGAUAAGCUCAAACACUCUUCCAGAAAACUAGGCGGAAUCUAUUUCUUCUUUAAACCCGUUGCGUUGGCGCUGGAUCUUGAUUUCGUGAAGGAUGUUCUUAUAAAGGACUUUCAACACUUCCAUGAUCGCGGAUUGUAUAACAACGAAAAGGAUGAUCCUCUGAUGGCACAUCUGGUGACGCUGGAAGGAAAUAAAUGGAAAACUCUGCGGCACAAACUCACUCCGACUUUCACAUCGGGAAAGAUGAAAAUGAUGUUUCCAGUUGUCACCUCGGUGGCCGAACAUUUCCAGCAAUCGUUGGAAGCUGCGGUAGCUACGGGACAGGAAAUCGAAGUGAAAGAUUUUCUGGCUCGCUAUACGACGGAUGUCAUUGGAACCUGCGCAUUCGGAUUGGAAUGCAACAGUUUAGCCGAUCCGAAGGCGAAAUUUCGUGAGAUGGGGCGUUCUAUAUUUCAGCCAAACCCAGUACUUUUGAUGAAAUUGUUAUUCGGCUUAAUGUUCGGUGAGUUAGCUAAAAGAAUGCAUAUGCGGCUCAUCGAGAAUGACGUCAGUGAUUUCUUCAUGAAUGCCGUGAAGGAGACUGUUCAGCACAGAGAGGAAAAUAAAAUAGUGCGUAAUGACUUUAUGGAUUUGUUGAUAAAGCUUAAAAAUGCCGAACCAAUUGAAGAUGAAAAUAAUACUCAGCUGGGUCAACUAACGUUUAACGAAGUAGCGGCACAAGCAUUUGUAUUUUUCGUGGCUGGAUUUGAAACUUCGUCUACCGCAAUGACUUUCUGCUUGUACGAGUUAGCGCGAAAUCAGGAGCUUCAAGAGAGGGCCCGGCAGAGCGUGUUGGAUUCACUCGAAUCGCAUGGUUCCAUGACGUAUGAAGCCAUUUACGACAUGAAAUACGUUGAAAACUGUAUCAACGAAUCACUGCGCAAAUAUCCUCCACUCUCUAAUAUUUUCCGCAGUGUGAGUAACAAUUAUAAGGUGGAAGGAACCGACAUAGUGCUGGAAAAGGGUUGUCGUCUAUUAGUACCCGUAUUCGCGAUCCAUCAUGAUCCUGAACUGUAUCCAGACCCGGAUAAGUAUGACCCGGACCGAUUCCAUCCGGAUCAGGUUUCCCGGCGACAUCCGAUGGCAUUUCUUCCUUUCGGAGAUGGACCACGUAGCUGCAUUGGGCUGCGUUUUGGUAUGAUGCAGGCCCUGGUAGGCAUGGCUUGUGUACUGCAGAGAUUCCGAUUUAAGAUUGCUCACUCGAAGGGUGAUCCGUUGGUUCUCGACCCGUCCAAUUUUAUAACGACUCCGAGGGGUGGAGUGUGGUUACAGUUUGAGAAGAUAGUGGAACACCUUGCGCCGAUCACCAGACGACAUUACGACUACUUCAAGCAGAAGGGAGUACCGUAUGGAGGCGUUUUCAUGUUGACCUCGCCCUUGUUGUACAUUAUGGAUCUAAAACUUAUCAAAACAAUACUGGUAAAGGACUUCAAUUACUUUCCCAAUCGCGGUGUUUACUUCAACGAAAAGGACGAUCCACUAUCGGCACAUAUAUUUGCGAUCGAAGGGCAAAAGUGGAAAACUUUGCGGAAUAAAUUAUCUCCUACGUUUACGAGUGGAAAAAUCAAAUUGACCUUCCCGUUAGUGGUGGAAGUGUGCCAACGAUUCUGCGAACACCUUAGCGAAGUCGUUCAAACAUCGAACGACGUUGAAAUGCACGAUUUGCUCUCCCGGUACACGAUUGAUGUGAUUGGAACGUGCGCUUUCGGGAUCGAGUGCAACAGUUUCCGGGAUCCGGAUAACGAAUUCCGAAAAUAUGGAAAGUUGGCAUUCGACAAGUUGCCCCAUUCACCGUUGGUUGUGUAUUUGAUGAAAGCUUUCCGAAAAUAUGCAAAUGCCCUCGGGAUGAAGCAACUCCACGAGGAUGUUACUUUGUUUUUCUCCAAAGUGGUGAGGGAUACAAUUGAUUAUCGUGAAAAAAAUCACGUCGUUAGAAAUGAUUUCAUGGAUCUCUUGUUGAAACUGAAGAAUACUGGACGACUGGAGGAAGCUGGAGAAGAAAUCGGGAAGCUUUCGUUUGCCGAAAUAGCAGCUCAAGCUUUUAUAUUCUUCACAGCCGGGUACGACACCUCAUCAACGGCCAUGACAUACACUCUGUACGAAUUGGCACUCAAUCAGAAGGCUCAAGAGAAGGCUCGCAAAUGCGUAUUAGAUAUUUUUACUACGAACAAUGGCAAUCUCUCGUACGAAUCUGUCUCCAAUAUGGGUUAUCUAGAUCAGUGUAUCAAUGAAACUCUUCGUAAACAUCCCCCGGUGGCCAUACUGGAACGCAACGCAGAUAAGGAUUAUCGCAUUCCCAACAGUGACCUGGUCAUCCAGAAGGGUCGCAAGAUUAUGAUUCCAACGUACGCAAUGCACCACGAUCCCGAGCAUUUCCCUGAUCCGGAAGCAUACAACCCAGACCGUUUCUCACCGGAAGAGGUUGCCAAACGCGAUCCCUACUGCUUCUUGCCCUUUGGCGAAGGUCCACGAAUCUGCAUUGGGAUGCGUUUCGGACAGAUACAGGCCCGCGUUGGAUUGGCCACUCUUCUGAGAAGCUUCCGGUUUUCUGUUUGUGAUAAAACACAAAUUCCAGUUCGGUAUUCGAGAACCAACUUCAUUCUGGGUCCAGCCAAUGGCGUCUGGUUGAAGGUAGAGAGACUUGUUCAUCUCGUCGCGAUGGAUCUCUUCCUGUUGUUCGCCGCUGUCGCGUUGUUGGUAGCUUACGGCUACUACCGUCUAAGAAAACUACUCACAUUCUGGGCCGAUCGAAAUGUGCCACACAAUCCUGUAAACUUCAAACGAAAUCUGGAUCCAACGAUUCACAUGGGUCGAAAACUGCAGCAGUAUUAUCACCAGUUUAAGGGGCAGUAUCCCUUUGCCGGUCACUAUUUCUUCAUCAAACCGGUUGCUCUCGCCAUCGACCUGGAACUGCUCAAGUGUAUUUUCGUAAAGGAUUUCCAAUAUUUUCACGAUCGGGGCACGUACUACAACGAAAAGGAUGAUCCGCUGUCGGCUCAUCUGUUCAACCUGCAGGGCACAAAGUGGCGCAAUCUUCGAAUGAAGAUAUCGCCCACAUUCACUUCGGGUAAGAUGAAAAUGAUGUACCCUGCGAUGAUUAAAGCCGGCAAACAGUUCAGUGAUUACAUGCAAGAGAAAGUUUUAGUGGAAAGUGAAUUUGAACUGAAAGAUUUGCUUGCUCGAUUUACGACGGAUGUUAUCGGAAUUUGUGCCUUCGGGAUCGAAUGCAACUCGAUGAAGGAUCCAAACGCACAGUUCAGACAGAUGGGACGGCGGCACUUUGAAGAUCCUCGGAGCCGCUUAAAGGAUAUCAUGUGUAUGGUUGCUCCGGGACUUUCACGAUUCCUGGGCUUGAAGCAAAUUAUUCCGGAACUUUCAGACUUUUUCAUGAAUGUUGUUAGAGAGACUGUCGAUUACCGGGUGAAGAACAAUGUCAACCGAAAUGAUUUCAUGGACAUGUUGAUCGCUAUGAUGAAGAGCGAAAGUUCGGAUCUAGGCCCACUAACGUUCAAUGAAAUAGCAGCACAAGCGUUUGUAUUUUUUGUCGCCGGGUUCGAAACAUCGUCUACCACCAUGACCUGGGCACUGUACGAGCUCUCGAUUAAUCCGGAUAUUCAAAAGAAAGGCAGACAGUGCGUUCAGGAGAUACUCAGCAAGUAUAACGGAGAACUGACGUACGAAGCAAUCAUGGAGAUGUCUUAUAUUGAUCAAAUAAUACAGGAAACCUUGCGUAAAUAUCCACCAGUUCCGGUACACUUCCGUGUCGUCUCCAAGGACUACUUGGUACCGGGUACCGACACUACCUUACCGGCUGGUACCAGCGUCAUGAUUCCGGUGUAUGCCGUUCAUCACGAUCCGGAGAUAUUUCCAGAUCCACAGAAAUUCGAUCCGGAUCGUUUUACGGCUGAUGCGAUUGCUCAGCGCCACCCGUACGCAUGGACACCGUUCGGAGAGGGACCUCGAAUUUGUGUCGGUAUGCGUUUCGGUUUGAUGCAAGCCCGAAUCGGACUGGCUCUACUGCUGAAAAGUUUCCGCUUUAGCAGCGGAGAGAAAUCAACCGUUCCGCUGGAUAUUACCCCGAAAAGUUUCAUUCUGGCACCUGCGGAAGGUCUUUGGCUAAAAGUGGAGAAGAUUUAAGUAUGUUGAAACUUUUACUAGUGGUGCAACGAAAAAACUCGCUGGUUCAAAGUUAUUCUAGCCAUAUAGUCAUACCAUCAACGUUCCUUAUUUUAAGACUAAUUCAUUUUUACCAAUACUACUAUACGAAUGUUCUUCUAAAUAAGUAAUAAAUGAUGCCAUAUGAA